AUGUUACAGCCCUGUCGGAUAGUGAACAACAGCCAUGACCCCAAUCGAUUCAUUGAAUGUCUAGGCGGAAAUCAGAGGGAUACAGAUCGCGCCAAAGCACAGAAGAAGGCGGCCGCGGCGGCCAAGAAACCCAAGGAAAGCGCGUCUAGCCUUGCGAAGAGGAAGGAAAGGCAAGCAUCUCUCUAUCUGGCUGGCGAUCUGGAUAUGUCUGUCCAGGGUGACAGACACCGGGGAUAUGCGUCUACAGAAGAUUAUACAACGUCCGAGGCUAACAAAAAAACAAGGACAGCCGCAGUGCCCCAUCGGCUGCUCGUCGCCGUCCUACCGUAUUUCUACCGUCACCUUUUCAUUCAAACAUAUCCAUCAACCCUGUCCCAUUUCCCAUUCCCUGCGAACCAAUCAAUCCUGCACGCGGCGCUGACGCAUUCCUGGCCCAGCGUCAAAUCUUGUGGCGCCCGUGAUGUUCCUCAAGUAAUCCAUGCCAAACAUACCCGUAGAAUGUUCCGGACCCACUCCCUCAUCAUAGGAAAACAAGCACGCAUCCAGUUACCGGGUCGUCGUAAAGGUUACCCGGUUCCCCUCAGAUCCUUGACCCCGAUACAGAAUGCUCAGUGCCCCCAUGACGUGCGGAAACAGUUGCUGUUGGCUAUCACGGCCUGA